UCUUCUUCCAUUCUCGGUUUUAAUGGCUUCAUUAGAUGUAACAAAAAACAGUACAGAACUUUGAAAUUAUUAUUGUAAAUAACUUUUUGAGGUUUCACAGGCGCCGUUCCAACCUUCAGCUCCGUCGCUGCGCUUUCUUUUUCCACUUAUUCCGGCGAUAUGUCUCCCGAAACUCCGAUGAAAAUUCCCCGUGCAGCUCUCAUUUUCACCGCCGUCUCUCUCUCCGUUUUUCUUCUUUACGCCGGCAUCAAUUCCUUCCGUUCGUCGUCCGGAUCAUUUUCUUCCUCUUCUUUCGCUAACAUUUUCCCUUCUUACUUUAAUUACACCACCGGUCCGGAUUCGACGCUAGAACUGGAAGAAAUUUUGAAGAACGCUUCGACAGUAAAUAAGACUGUUAUUUUAACGACAUUAAAUGAUGCUUGGGCGAGUCCGGGAUCCAUUGUUGACCUGUUCCUUGAAAGCUUUAAGCUUGGAGAUGGAACACAUAAGCUUUUGGACCAUUUGGUGAUUGUUGCCUUGGAUCAGAGGGCAUACACUCGUUGUCGCACUGUACAUAAGCAUUGCUAUGCUCUUGUCACCAAUGGCGUUGAUUUUCAUCAGGAAGCAUACUUCAUGACCCCGCACUACUUGAAGAUGAUGUGGAGAAGGAUCCAUUUCCUCCGGACCGUCCUCGAGUUGGGUUAUAGUUUCGUUUUCACGGAUGCCGAUAUCAUGUGGUUCCGGGAUCCGUUCCCACGGUUCUUUCCGGAUGCAGAUUUCCAGAUAGCAUGUGACAAUUUCUUAGGCAGAUCGGAUGACAUGAAUAACAGACCAAACGGGGGAUUUAACUAUGUGAAAUCUAAUAACAGGACGGUAGCGUUCUAUAAGUUCUGGUAUUCUUCCCGGGAAACAUAUCCUGAAAAUCACGACCAGGACGUUCUCAAUAAGAUCAAAUUCGAUCCUUUCAUAUCUAACAUCGGUUUAAGGAUUCGGUUCUUGGAUACCGCCUACUUCGGCGGUCUCUGCGAACCGAGCAGAGACUUGAAUGUCGUUUGCACAAUGCAUGUGAAUUGCUGUACCGGCAUGGAUAGAAAGCUCAUUGAUCUCAGAAUCAUGCUUCAAGACUGGAGAGCUUUCACGUUGUUGCCUCCGGAUUUGAAGAACCAGUCCAUAAUCUCAUGGAGAGUUCCUCGCAAUUGCAGUCUUAAAUCCGUCCACCAUGCCGAUUCUCCGGGGAAAGAUUGAUCGGAAUUGCACAUAUGUGUAGGCUGCAUACCGUCAAAAGAUAUUCAAGGCGUAAGCUGGUUGCUUUGAAUUUUCAUUAUAAUUGUCAUCUAUAUGUUGAUUUCAUGAUAGUGGUCUUAAUUGUACAUCGUCUACACGAGAAAUGUUCAUCAGUGCAAGUGUAUCUAGUGCUUGAAAAAAGCCUUGAUUUGUUUAAACAUUGAUGUAUUCUUUUCAUUAUAACAUAUGCACAUUUCAGUC